ACUGGAUUAAGAUCAAUUAAUCUAUCUUUCUGUCGCAGCUGCCAGUGCACACUAUUGAAAAAAAACUGAAAUGCAUGCAGAGUAUGUGCGUGUGUGUGAUUUCACGAAAAUUUAAGCCCAAGUGGGGAUAUCAAAAAAAAAAAAAAUUAUUAUUGUUGUUGAUUGUUGAGUAAAAAGGGGCUGAACACUUCUUUUAAAAUUUUCUUUCUUUGUUUCUCUUAUUUGGAUUGAUGAAUUAUCUUGUCAUGGACAGAGCUUCUGAAGCAGCCGCUAAUGACUUGGCUGAAGUUCGUAAACUCAUCGAAGGCAUGAAUGCACUUGUGAACAGCCAAAUGCAGCAACAACAACAACACCAGUUGCAACAUUGUGAAUACCCAAACGCCAUGCAGCAACAACAAGAUGCAGCUGCUUUAAUGGCUACUAUCGCUGCAGUGGCUCAACAAAAUAACCAUAAUGCUCAACAGUCCGCUCUAACAUCAACUACUACCAAUAAUAAUAAUACCAUGCCUCCAGAACAAUCUCCUCGACCUACUUCCUUGACACCAGCAACCACUAAUAAUACAGAUACAACAGAGAACACACCGCCACCGACUACCUCAGCAGCAGCGACAGAAGAAGUUAAGACACCUAUUGCAACAGCGGAAACUGACGCCAGUUCCACACAACAAGCAGAAACCCAAGUGUACAGCAAUCCUGCUCCACAAGCUGGCGUUAUCAUUGAAGUGACCCAUUUGACCUACAAUCGUACUUUAUACUUUCAGUUAACACAGGAUGCUACCAUCGAGCCCAUGAUUGCCUGGUUACGUCUUUCUUUUGUAGAUUCAGCCAUUUCCGGAAUGGUUCUUCAAUAUAAAGGCUUUGAUGGAUUAUGGAAGUGCUUGUUAAAUCGUGACGAUUCUUUAAGACGUAUUUUAAAACAAAGCAUGAAAGGAAACACAAUGCUUCAAAUGCGGGUUCCUCGUGAACAAGAUUUAUUAAGUUCUGGUUAUACCGAUCGUCGACUUUUAGCAUUAACAAAGCCUGAUAGCCAUUAAGAAUGUAUUAUUUACCCAAAUUCAUUAAAUCAUUCAUCAUACUUCUUUU